GUGCCCGUGUUUACGUCCCUCGUGGAGCAGCCUACGUCAGCAGCCAAAUGGCAACAUUGUGGCGAUACUGAGGCUCAGAGUUUAUGAGACGCGUUUCUAUCCGUCAGGCCGGCUCCGGGCGGUCGGGAAGAGGAGGAGAAGGGGGAGGGGCGGGGAGAUAGGCCUGGGUGAGCCGCGGAGACGCACACAUCCCCGGCCCCUACCGCCUACCGGCCUGCCCGGCCCCGCGGGACCCGCUCCUCACCUUCAGAGAGCCGCAGACGCCGCACCGCGACCUCGCGGUGGGGGCGGCCGGGACGGGCGCGAGGCGCCGCCGCAGCACCGGGCUUGUAAACAGAUCCAGCCGCACGUGACCAUGUGAACUACCUGCUCCGGGGACGCGUAUUGUCUUUCCGGCGAGCCGCACCACAAAGGAGCGCGGCGGGUUCAAGUGAGGAGGGCCGGGCGAGCAAGCGGGGAGAGCCGGCUGGCGCGCUAAGAUGGCCGAAGGCGCCCAGCGAGGGUGAGCGGGGGGCGCGGUGCAGCCAGCCGGUGAGUCUUCGGGCAGCCAGGGCCAGCGUCGCCUCCCCCGCGGCCUGGCACCGGAGCCACUAUGUCGUUCGCGCUGGAGGAGACGCUGGAGUCGGACUGGGUGGCCGUGCGGCCCCAUGUGUUCGACGAGCGCGAGAAGCACAAGUUCGUCUUCAUUGUGGCUUGGAACGAGAUUGAGGGCAAGUUUGCCAUAACCUGCCACAACCGGACGGCCCAGAGGCAGAGGAGCGGCUCCCGGGAGCAGGCAGGGGCACGAGGGGGCGCUGAUCCUGGAGCAUCCGCGUCCGACGGGACCCGCGGGCCAGGUAGCCCAUCGGGCAAGGGCCGGCCCGAGGCCAUUGCCUCUGCGACUCUGGGUAGAAGCCCCGGGCCCCGGAGGAGCCCGGCCUGGGCGGAGGGCGGCUCUCCGCGGAGCGCGCGCGGCCUUCGAGGGGACCCGCUGCUGCGAUGUUCCUCUGGCAAAGGCGCGGAGAGCCCCCUCAGGAGCCCAGUGCGGGCCAAGACCAGCCCGGUCCGAAGGGGAUCUGAAGGCAAAGAUGUGGCGGGGGCCGCUGGAGCAGCAGCCCCGCCGGCGCCCAGGGAGGCCCCGGUGUCCUCCGUGCGAGUAGUGAGCGCUUGCGGGGCGGUCUCCGAGGAGAUAGAGGUGCUGGAAAUGGUGAGGGAGGACGAGGUGGCCCCGGCGUCCCUGGCGCUCUCGGACGCAGAGCAUCCGCCUUCCACCGCCGAGCUGGAGUCCCCGGCCGAGGAGUGUAGCUGGGCCGGACUCUUCUCCUUCCAGGAUCUGCGUGCUGUGCACCAGCAGCUGUGUUCUGUGAACUCGCAGCUGGAGCAGUGCCUGCCCGUAUUCCCCGAGGAGCCCUCUGGCAUGUGGACCGUGCUGUUCGGGGGCGCCCCAGAGAUGACCGAGCAGGAGAUCGACACUCUGUGUUAUCAGCUCCAGGUUUACCUGGGCCAUGGCCUGGACACCUGCGGCUGGAAGAUCCUCUCCCAGGUACUUUUCACUGAGACCGACGAUCCCGAGGAGUAUUACGAAAGCCUUAGCGAGCUGCGGCAGAAGGGCUAUGAAGAAGUGCUUCAGCGGGCCAGGAAGCACAUCCAGGAGCUCUUGGAUAAGCACAAGAAUACAGAAAGCAUGGUCGAGCUUCUGGACUUGUAUCAGAUGGAGGAUGAAGCCUAUAGCAGCCUUGCAGAAGCCACAACUGAACUAUAUCAGUAUUUACUACAGCCAUUCCGAGACAUGAGAGAACUUGCCAUGCUACGGAGACAGCAGAUCAAGAUUUCCAUGGAGAAUGAUUAUCUGGGUCCCCGAAGAAUUGAAAGUCUACAAAAAGAAGAUGCUGAUUGGCAGCGAAAAGCUCACAUGGCUGUGCUGUCUAUUCAAGAUCUUACUGUCAAAUAUUUUGAAAUAACAGCGAAAGCACAAAAAGCUGUGUACGAUCGAAUGCGAGCAGAUCAGAAGAAAUUUGGUAAAGCAUCAUGGGCAGCAGCUGCAGAACGUAUGGAAAAACUCCAGUAUGCAGUUUCUAAGGAGACUCUGCAGAUGAUGAGAGCAAAAGAGAUCUGUUUGGAACAGAGGAAACAUGCACUAAAAGAAGAGAUGCAGAGUUUGCAGGGUGGUACAGAAGCCAUAGCCCGAUUGGAUCAGUUAGAAGCUGAUUAUUAUGAUCUGCAGCUUCAGUUGUAUGAAGUACAGUUUGAAAUCCUGAAGUGUGAAGAGUUACUAUUGACAGCGCAAUUGGAAAGCAUCAAAAGACUUAUAUCGGAAAAGCGAGAUGAAGUGGUUUACUAUGACACUUACGAAAGCAUGGAGGCCAUGCUGGAGAAGGAGGAGAUGGCAGCGUCCGUGCACUUACAGAGGGAAGAGCUACAGAAACUUCAGCAGAAAGCACGCCAGCUGGAAGCAAGACGUGGACGGGUUUCAGCCAAGAAAGCCUACCUCAGAAAUAAAAAGGAAAUUUGUAUUGCAAAACACAAUGAAAAGUUCCAGCAGCGCCUUCGGAGUGAAGAUGAAUAUAGAACCCAUCACACAGUACAACUAAAAAGAGAAAAAUUACAUGAUGAAGAAGAAAGAAAAAGUGCUUGGGUUAGCCAGGAGAGACAGAGAACACUGGAUAGACUUCGAACUUUUAAGCAGAGGUACCCUGGCCAAGUCAUACUUAAAUCAACCAGAUUGCGACUGGCUCACGCAAGAAGCAGCACAGCCAGUCCUGUGCGCUCUGAGGACCCGUGUGACACUCUGCCAGGAGCGCUGCAGGUGCAAGAGACAAGGGAAAAGGUGGAGGAAGGAACAGGGAAGCUUGGGUCAUCACAGAAAACAGAAGCCCAAAGCCUCACACAACUUGAAGCCACUUCAUUACCUCUCAGUGGUGUUACCUCUGGACUGCCGCCCACUGUUUCUCUUCCGCUUUUGAAUAAUAUUGACCUCGAACCAGGUUCUGUUACCAUAGCUCCACUCCCCCCACCUCUUCCUCCAACACCACCUCCCCCUCCACCCCCUCCUCCCCCUCCCCCACCGCCACCACCUCUGCCUGUUGCUAAAGACAACUCGCCAGAGACACUGGAGAAAGGUCUGCCUAGAACGGAGGGGAAUGAGAAGAGGAUCCCGAAGUCUGCGAGUGCGCCCUCAGCACAUCUCUUUGACAGCAGCCAGCUGGUCAGUGCCAGGAAAAAGCUCAAAAAGACUGCUGAAGGUUUGCAGAGGAGAAGAGUGAGCUCACCCAUGGAUGAGGUGCUAGCUUCCUUGAAGCGUGGGAGUUUUCAUCUGAAAAAGGUUGAACAGCGAACUCUGCCUCCUUUUCCUGAUGAAGAUGAUAGUAAUAAUAUCUUGGCACAAAUCAGGAAAGGGGUAAAAUUGAAGAAGGUACAGAAGGAAGUUCUGAGAGAAUCCUUCACACUUCUGCCUGACACGGACCCUCUAACACGGAGCAUCCAUGAGGCACUUAGAAGAAUCAAAGAAGCAUCCCCUGAGUCAGAGGAUGAAGAGGAGGCUUUGCCUUGCGCAGACUGGGAAAACUAACAAAUGACUCAACAGAAAGAAAAAAUACCUACAGUUGAAGAUCAAAGAUUUGUUUUUGGAAAACAAAAUUUUAAACGUGUGAUUUCCAACUGGAUUCCGUUAGAUGCACUGUGUGUUGGCUCAGUGGUAUGAAAAAAUGGAAGCACAAUUGGCAAGUUACCGCUUUUCCAGUCAUUCCAGUAGUUGGUGGUUAACCUGAGUUUUAGAUGUGCAAUGCUCCCGAUGCAAUGAAGAAAAGGCCUUUCAGAGAUGCCUGGUUUUUUAAGCACCUUCCCCUCCUGUCCACCCAUGUACAUCCUGUAGUGGCCAGUCAAGCUAGGGUCGCUCUGAGUUGGAAGAACACUGGGUUGACAGAGAUCUACUGUGAGCUGUAUCGGGACUGCUUUGAAAUCCAUCUUUUAGUGCACUGAAUAGUCUCUGCUUGAAAACACAGAGCUGCUUCUAUAUCAGCUUGUAUAAAUAGCAUGACGCUCUGAACAGGAAGUUUAUCGUGAUAGCUAUAGAACAGGAAUUGGAAAGAAUCAGAUGGAAAUGCACUGAAAAUUUCCACAUUACUCAUCUCCAAAGGAAUUUUCAUAAAGAUGUUCAACAUCUGAAAAGAAACAUAACCAUGGAGAUACACUUAAUGUGUUUACCACAACAUGAUACAUUUAACAUGGCACAUUUUUAAAAGACCACAUACUCUCACACUUUGUAAGGUUUUGAAGUAAAAAUUUUCAUGCUUUUAAAUAGCUCUUCAUAAUUGUGAAUUUAUAAUAGUUUGAAUUUCAUGUGCAGCUUUGUUUAUGAAAAGCAAUACUUUGUAACUUGAUAAUAUUUCAGAUUAUUUUUAGUCCUUUUGUUUGAACGACUGCUUGAUUGGUGUAAUUCAACAUGACUUUCCUGUGGAGAAUCAGAAAUGAGGAUUCAGUAAGAGGGCUGCAGAUCGAGUCUGUUUAACAUGCACCACUGAAGUUCUUCUCUUUAUGCCCCACAGUGUAGUGUGCUCUACAAAUAUGCAGAAAGUAGACAGGCAGAAAAGCCUCCUUGGCGGGCAUUUCACUAUCUUCACAUGUUUUGAGUGGAAUCUGGGGAGAGAGCCUUUGUUACUGUCAGUAGACCUUUUAAAAUAUAUGUAUGUAGUUCUGGGUGCUGAGUUUGCUAUAAUGAUAGAGUCCCGAAGGAUGCAUGGAUAUGAAUGGAGCCAUUAUGAAUUCUCAGCAGGAGUGUUGUGGGCUUGAAUGAGAAGGUAGAUAGGUUGGUCGCAGUCUACAGUAUUCUGUAGAGUGUAAUUCUGCAUCAGACAGAUGUUGGCCUUUAUAUGAAGGGAGUUAAGUAAGGACUGAUGUACCAACAAGAACUUUACUUCUUCUGAGGUAUUUCUCUGGCCUAGACCCAGAAAGCAGUCCCAGAGUAAAAGCCCUCCAACAUACAUGAAUUGGUUUUUCAGGGGAGAGAAAAAAUGCUUACACCUUUGUCACUUUAAGAUGUAGUUCCUUUAAAAUAAUAAUUAUGGAGAAAAUUUUCUGUUUAUUGAUGAGAGUAGGAGCUUUUGCACAGUUUUUUCACAAUACAUUAGUUUUCUUGUGUUAUUCCUGUAUCUUAUCUUGGAAGAUUAAAUACAUAUCUAAAAUAGAGACUUAAUUUUUAUCCCACAGUGGGGAGGUGGGUGUGGAAUUUUCCGUUUCCUUCAGUAAAGCACUGAAGAGUGCUUUUCAACCAAAAUAAUGAGUGGUUUGAUUAAUAUAAUUUGGCAAAAAAAAAAAAACUUGCAAACCUUAAACAAAAUCAUGUAUCAACUCUAAGCCUUUGGAUGCUUAAGUAUAAGUUUGUUUUUUCAUUCAUUGAUAUUUAGAAAAAUAAUGGGACCUUAACAUUAAAUUAACAGCAAAAGCACUAGAACUUUUAUAUGUCAGGAAUUUGCUCCCCAUUUAGUGUUAACUGCUGGGAGUCCAUCGAAAGACAGACUCACUUAUGUGAUUUGUCUUUCAGAGCCAGGUUCUAGUAAGUCUCCAGUACUCUGGAGGGACUACAGACCCCCGUGAAUCCUUUUGGGGUGCAUCGAAAACUCUUGAGUACAUCCCACUGUGGUGCUUCUUGAAGAUUAUCUCGCUUGAAGAUGAUGAGUAGGUUAAAGCAAACCCUCAUUAACAACCAGCUAUGCUUAUUCUCUGCUAAAUAACCUUUGUCCAACACACCCAUUUGCCAUCCUUAAGAUUCAGAUUCCUACUUCCACCAAAUUACAGGUUACUACAGAUCAUCCACCUUUGGAGUUCUCACAGUGUUAAAAUUUCAAAUAACUACAGUCCACUUGUCUAAGAAUUUUUUUUCCUCAUGUUAAUUUUAAAGCAAUUUUGGAACCCAACAAUUCUGUCAGCAUGGUCAAAUUCCCCUUUCCCCCCUCUUGCCCUUUAAAAAAAAAAAUGUCUUUGCCCUUAAUAUUAAACUCUAAUAUGUUUAAUUAGGAUGGUGUUUACAGAUGAUCACACGUUUCAAGUUCCAGUCUUGCCCAUACUAUUUACAUGGUUUAAAAUAUUUAAGAGUUAUAUCUCAGUGUGUCAUUUCUGUCAUAAGAAUUCACACACAGCUGCUUGCUUGUGCCGAAUCACUUUAGAAGUCCAUUUACCAGUCUAGUCUCUACUGUAAUAUAUUUUAAAUAGGGAUACAAAUAGAUAAGGAUAUUUUAAGGUUACUGUUACUGCUCACUUGAAUGCCAUUUUUAAAUAGUUCUCCCACUUCCAGUCAGAAUACUGUGUAUCUGCCCAGUGUGGUACGUAUAGAAAGGUAUUCCCAGUGUCAGAUCUGGCUGGUACCGUAGUGUAGCCGUGUGGCGAAAUGCCUGACUAAAGAGGAUUUUUAAAAGAUUGAGCAGUUGUCUUGCUUACCUGAUGUAUGUUUUAUAGGUUUUGAGUUUGUGAGCAGCAUAAAAACAAUCAUUCCCUAGCUGUUCAUUGUGGAACUGAAAGAUCUCUUAACAUGUAUUUUUUUUUUUUUUAAAGAUUUUAUUUAUUUAUUUGACAGAGAUAGAGACAGCCAGCGAGAGAGGGAACACAAGCAGGGGGAGUGGGAGAGGAAGAAGCAGGCUCAUAGCAGAGGAGCCUGAUGUGGGGCUCGAUCCCGUAACGCCAGGACCACGCCCUGAGCCGAAGGCAGAAGCUUAACCGCUGUGCCACCCAGGCGCCCCUCUUAACAUGUAUUUUUAAACAAAUUUCGAUGCAGCCGUCAGUGUUGAUCAGGUGUAGUAUUUUCCACAUUGGCACUGUGGGGUUUUCCUCAUUGCAUGAAACCGUAGAGUUUUCAGCAUUUUGAUUUACUGUGUAAAUUGAGGGGGCAAAAAUCCUUGUUUCUACAAAGCUGAACUGUGUAACAAUUUUUGGUAACAUAUGGCAUGACCACUUUGCCAUAAAAUGUGUUAAAUUCUGAGGCAUACUUAGGCCAUAGCAGGCACUAAGAAUUAAAACUCCUAUCAGUGGAACAAAAAUGAAUGGGCAGCAACCUCUGUUUGGAAUGGGACCAACCAGUGUACAGUUAACACAAUUUAAUUUUAUACGUUCCUUAAGAUUCCAUUUUUUAAUUGCAUCGAGUUUGUGUGUAAAUUUAAGUCAGUGCUUAAGUCAGUUUAGUCUUAGCCUAAGGAAAGUUUUUUUUUUUCCACUACAUACAAGGUUUGGGGGUGUGUUGGUUUUUGGUUUUUUUUUAACCUUUAUAAUUUAAUUAGUAUGCACGUAAUAUCAGAUACUAACCUGGGUUGGUCCCUUAAAGGCCUUAUCAGGGAGUUCAGAUUUCGUCUGCAUUAUUACCAGGUUAUUUGUAAGAAAUCGUUUUGAACAGCUGUAAAACAUUUAAAACCCAUGGCAGACGCAUUGUUGACAUGCAGCCAUUUGAUGAUGAGAGCAGAAACCUUAACAAGUUUUCCCUAAUUCUUGCACUGAAUUUAAAUGAUAAUAUAAAGUUAAAUGUGCAUUUUAAACAGAUUUUAUUUUGCAUUUAUAGCUUAGCAUACAAGAAGAACUAUGCUUAGUGUUAGAGGAUUGACCAGCAAGCUGUAUUCCAGAUGGAAGGGGUUAGAGUAGAAGCACCUUACUGUUGGAGCAUGUUGCAUUUAUUGUAGUGCUACUGAACAAUUCAGUAGUUACUUCUGAACUUUGCUGCAAAGUGCUCUUUAAUUAAAGCACAUAAAGAGGGAUCUCUGCCUAAAUGCUUUGUAAAUUGAAGCAAUGGUAUUUUUUAUCCUAUAAAUAGUCUAAUUUAAAAGUUUUUCCUACAAGAUGAGUUUAUAUUGCUGCCUAAACUAUCAUGUAUGUAAACAGAGGGGUUUUUUUUUAAGGGUGAGAGGGAAUCGGGGUCCUCUGUGUGCGCGCGUGUGUGACAUGUUUGCCUAUUGGGUUAUUUGGAAGAUAUGUUAAUUCUAAAAUGUUCUGUUUUGCCCACAAGUAUAAAUGUACAGCUUGGUAUCUGAGAAGUUUAAGUGGUUGAAUUCAGAUUUAUAAAUGUUUCCCCCCCUUCCCCACUUUUAUUAUGCCACUGUAAGGUGCAUGUACAGAAAAUACCUUGGAGGUUGACAUAUAAUAAAUAUUUCAUUAAUGCUAUUUCACACUGAAUCUCAAAGCAGUCAUUUGUUUUGAGAGUUAAGGGAAAGUUUUUUGUUGGUUUUUUUUAAAAAGUCAUUAUAACGAAGAGUGGCUCAAUUUGGGGGAGUUAAGGGUGGAGAGGAAAGACCGUGGAAAGUGCUUUUUAGAUGUAUACACAAAGGUAUGGGUGUUGGUUAUAGAGGUGAAUUUUAACAAGGGAAGUUUUGGGUUUUUUUUCUUAAACUUGCAUGUUCUAUGGUUAACUAUCCAAGAGUGUAACAAGUAUUCUAGCUUUUCCCAGUACUAAUUAUAUUGGUUUUAAGACGUCUUCAUGAUCACAAGAUGGCAUUUUCCCUUAAGUUGUGAACCAAGAGGGAUAGACAAUACCACCCAGACAGUGACUUCUGACUUCUUUGACUUGGACAGAAUCCCCACUGUCUCAUUGAAUUUCUUGUACUGUAUGUCUUGCCAAGUGUGAAACCAUAAUACAUAGUUUGUGAAAAAUUGAAGGCUACAGAUUAUUUUGCAUGAUUAAAGCCCAGUAGGGCUACUGAAACUGACAUGUUUUUUAACCUUUCUGGUUAAGUGAAAAUUGCAAUGGCAAACCAGUUCACCAUUUACUAGCUUUGUGCAAUAUUAUGGUAGAAGCAAAACACUAGCACAUUGUGCUUGGCUUUUAAAGAUGGCUUUAACACCGUACAUUAAACGGAAGUGUGCACAGUGUGUUGUAAAUGCCAACUCUUAACAAAUUUACAAUAUUUAAAUAUGCUCCAGUAAUACUCUAAAGUAUUAAAAGUACAAAGAAAAAACUAAGCAGGCAUUUAUAGCAAUACUCUGAAAUCUCCAAUAAUUGUUUUGACUGUUGCCUUUUGCUCUUUAGUGCAACUUUUCUGAGUUGUAAUUAUUGUAUUGCUUUGUAUUUUCAUGUUUUUUACACUCAUGACUUCGGAGUUAAGUACUUGUACAACAGGUAUUGCAAUCACCUUCUCUUCUUGUACAUGCAAUGUAACAACAUACAGUUUUGGUGCUUAACAAUAUUCCUUUUUUUCUUUAAUAAAAGAUAUUUAUUGAGUUAA